AUGGCUUAUUCCAACUAUAAGCCCGCUCAACCUUUAGCUAUAAAACAACUUAAUCGUAAGUUUGAGUUGGAGCAAAAACAUUUGCAGGAAAAGAAAAGGACCCAAGAGUUUGUUCAACAAUUCAAGAAAUCUGCUCAACAAUUUGCCAUAAACUUUGGUAGAAAAUCCACUAUACAUGGCAUGAAUAGAAUAUUUCAAGACGAUUCCAAUCACUAUGAAAGAUUCUUUUGGCUCUUCUCACUAAUAAGCGCCUUUUUGGGUACCAUAUAUGUGUGUCUCAUACUUUCGCAGCGCUUUAAUGCAGGGAAUUUGGAAACCAUAAUCGAAAGCACUAAUCGGCCAGUAUUUUACAUACCUUUUCCCGAGGUAGCCAUCUGUAAUGCUAAUAACUUAAACUGGCAACGCCUAGAAGAGGCCAAACACCGUUUCAUGCCCCAUGAAAAUAAUACCGAAAAAAUACGUUUGUUUGAGAUGGUAAUAGGUCUCUAUGACAAUAUAAGUUUUGGCAAAUUUGAGCAUUUCCAAGCGCUAAAAAAUAAACCCCUUAAAUUGGUUAACAAUGUCAACUUUAGUUUGGUAUUCGAUUUUAUGACCUGGCGUUGUGAGGAGUUACUGACGGAUUGUGUAUGGCGUCGUUAUAAGAUAAAUUGUUGUGACGUAUUUCUAAGAAGUCGUGGCAGUAAUGGUAUUUGUUGGCAUUUUAAUACUCUCUCCACCGAGGAGGGUAAACGUAAGCAGUUAUUGGAUAAUAAAUACCCUUAUAGAACAGGCAGUGCUGGGCCGAAAAGUGGUCUGAAUGUAAGGGUUUUGUUAAACGAAGAAAAACACUAUAGGCAGGAUAACGAGAAAGGCAUAACGGUGGGCAUUAUGGAGCCUAAGGUUUUUCACAAAGAUCCCAUCUGGGUGCCAGCUAAUACAGAAACAGUGGUAGAGGUGGAACCAGUUAUUUAUCUAUACGAUAAUGAUACCAGGACUUUGUCAUCGGAUCAAAGAAAGUGUUUGUUUCAUGAUGAACGCUCUAGCUAUGAUUUUAAAUCCUUGGCCGGGUUUAGCUACAUGAUUGAAAACUGCCAAGCUCAAUGUCAUCAGGAACACCUACUAAAGUACUGCAACUGUACACUGGAUCUAUUGUUUCCUCCAGCUCAGUAUAAGGCCUGUAAAGUAAAAGAUUUAUUAUGUUUGGCCAAAUAUAAUGAUCAUUUCCGUUUCUAUCAUCAAUUUGGCGAGGAAGAAUACGUACACAGUUAUUAUCAGGGCAUGAUUUGUAAAUGUUUUCGCAAUUGUUAUUCUCUUAAUUUUGUAACGGAUGUAAGACCAUCAUUUUUACCGGCGUUUAUACGUGAGAAUAAAACGUAUGUGGAUUUAGAUGUGCAUUUCCGUUUCGAAACAAUGAUGGUGUAUCGUACCAGUUUAGUAUUUGGUUGGGUGGAUUUAAUGGUGGCUUUUGGUGGUAUAGCGGGACUAUUUUUGGGCUGUUCCCUCAUAAGCGGCAUUGAAUUGUUGUAUUUUGUUUUUGUAGAAUUUCCCGUU